AUGGUUUUUAUUGACGGUGUAAAAUAUGCAUGUGCAACUUGUAUAAAAGGACAUAGGUCAACAUCAUGUCAACAUCGCGAUAGGCCAUUACUUGAAAUCAAAAGAAAAGGUCGUCCCGUCACUCAAUGCAACAAUUGUCGUGAGCUUCGUAAAACCCAAAACAUACAUAUUAAAUGUAAUUGUAACGAAAGAAAAAAAGAAGUAACUCCUUCCUUGUCACAAUCCAAGUCAUCCGUAAUAAUAACAAGUUCAAAUGAUUCUUCUGAAUCACCUACAAAUUUUGAUAAUUUCGUUUCAAAUUUGAGUAGUAGUGAUAAACUAAAAGUCCAGUCAUUAUUAAACCCAUGCAAUUGUUUAACUGGUGAUAGGUGUAUUUGUUGUAGAGACGAAGAAAAUGAAUUCAUCUCAUCAGCAGAAAAUUCAAAUCGAGAUUGUAAUACUAUGGAAGGGUCUGAUGAAAAGUCAGGAGACUUGAGUGGCGUUUUAGGAGCUGAAAUAUGUAGUAGCACACCCGAUGAUUUGGUUAAUAUAAUUUACAGUCCAUUUAAAAGUAUUCCUUCAGCCAAUAAAAGUGGAAAUUGUUGUGGUUCCGGUUCCAAGCCAAUCUGUAGAUGUGGUAGUGGGUGUAAAUGUAAAGGAUGUGACACACAUGCAUUAAGAGUUGACUUGAAUCCUCAGGUACAGCCUGUUCUAUCAAAACUUAAGACAUCAUGUUGUGCUGCACCUCAUAUUCCAAAACCAAAGCAUACAGUAAUAAUAGAUGAAGAUGGAGUUCUUUUGUGUGGAUGUGGUUGUAAAAAACCGAAUUCUGAAUGCUCUGAAUAUUUAUUAAAACAACAACCAAUUUAA